AGUAAUGUUGUUGGAUCAAUUCCGCUCCCUUCGUUGACAGUACAACGCAUCGAAGGUGAACGCAAUUCUUAUCAAAAAACGCAAUUCACCGGAGCACCAUUCGCAGCACGUGGCUUAUCAGCGAUUAAAGGAACCACAUCUUUGCGAUUAUUAUCAGUUAUCGGAACAAACAUAAACCUCAAGUUGCAGCCGAGUCGGAACAUGGCGAAUAUGGCAGUAUCCCGCAUCAAACGAGAGUUUAAAGAAGUUCUCAAAAGUGAAGAAAUAACACAAUGCUCGAUAAAAUUGGACAUGGUGAAUGACAACUUUACAGAGCUUAGAGGUGAAAUUGCAGGACCCCCGGAUACACCGUACGAGGGAGGAAAGUUUGUGUUAGAAAUUAAAGUUCCCGAAACAUACCCGUUCAAUCCACCCAAGGUGAAAUUCAUGACAAAAAUAUGGCACCCAAACAUUUCGUCCGUCACCGGUGCGAUAUGUCUAGAUAUCUUAAAAGACAACUGGGCCGCCGCAAUGACUCUUCGGACGGUUCUGCUAUCCUUGCAGGCGCUGCUGGCAGCGGCCGAGCCGGAUGAUCCCCAGGAUGCGGUCGUUGCCACCCAAUACAAAGACAAUCAUGAAAUGUUCAUCCUUACCGCAAAGCACUGGACUAAUGUGUAUGCCGGUGGUCCGUUCGCAAACACGGAUUUCAAUCAGAAGGUACAUCGAUUGCGUGAUAUGGGCGUCCCGGAAUAUGAUGCCCGAGCCGCCCUUUCGCGUCACAACUGGCACUUAGAGCGCGCGUCGGAGCAGCUAUUUAGUUAGUCUUUUCGUGGUAUCGUUGCUUUAGAAUCACUUCCUAUGUUUGUGUUCUGUCGGUCUUUCGUUCAAGAUACCCUCAAAUCUGCUUGCCUGGUUCACUUUACUUGAAAAAAAUGAAUGUUUUAAUUAUUUAAAAAGGAAAGCGAUCAUCAGCCUUAAAUAUCUCCGUUUAUUUGGUCCAUAAUUUACUUUCAAACACGCUUAAUUCAAAAACCAAUUUGUUUGUAUAAAAACCUCUGUCCUGCAUGCCUUUGUGGCAAGUUGGUUGAAAUAACAAACUUUAUAGCGUUUCAAAAGUAAUCUAUCUGGGAAGCACUCAUAAUGGUAAUCAGCAGCAGCUUUGGUUACAUGGUUGAAAAGGCAGUACUGCAAAAAGAAGCGUCUAUUGCAAUAUCGAAUGUACGUAUAGAACAAGCCGUAAGCGUUUGUGAAGUGAAAGGAGAGAAAAAAUAUCUUGGGUGUAGUGCGGAAUAAAAAUGAUAGCCUAAGGCAACCCAAAUUUCCGUGCACCUUUGUCGAACUGUACAGGAACCUAUUGCACGUGUUUGGUGACACGAACAGGAAAGUAAUAAAUAAAAUUAAUAUUUCAAAUACACUAACUUGUAUUGGCACGUAUGUUUUGA